AUGGAAGCUUUGGAUAAAUUUAUGCUGUACACAAAAUACGUGCGAGGUCUUUGUUCUGUUAUAGGAUUAGAUGUCUUGAAUCCUGAUUUUAAGCGAGGGUUUCGAACAUAUUUUACAUUUUUUUUGAUGGGUGUUUACGUCGUGCUGUCAUUAAAUUCUCUAUUAGCAGCAGAAAACAGCACGGAAGUUUUAAAAGCACUGUCGUUUGGAGGAUUUUUUCUGCAAUGUUUAUUAAAAUUAAUUUUCACAAUGGCAAAUCGAGAUCAGUACCACGUAAAUCACUCUAAUUUAAAAGAAUCGAUAUAUUUAAAGUAUCUGGAAGGGACUGACAAACAGAAAAAUGUGAUUUUGAACAAUGUAUCGCAGCUUCUUCUAUUAGUCAAAGGAACAUCACUGCUAUAUUUUUCGUCACUUAUAUUAUUUUCCAUCUAUCCGGCCUACAUGUAUUUCAUCGAGGAAGUAAAAGUACCCAUAUUUCCUCUUCUUGUUCCUGGAAUCGACAUUUAUUCAGCAUAUGGGUAUGGAUUUACAAAUAUGAUUCACAUGAUUCUAGCUGUUUAUGGAUUAUUUGGUGCUUUAUCAUCGGAUACCGCUUUUAUGAUGUUCAUUUUUCAUAUAGUUUCAUACACCGAUCUCUUGAACAUUAACUUCGUUUCAUUUGCUGAAAAGAUAUGCUGUGUAGAGGAGAAGUACAGAACUAAAGAUUAUGCUAAAUUUUGUCGAGUAGAAAUGCGAAAAUUAUAUUUGAACCAUAAGGCCGUAAUCGACUUCCUGACCUCACUUCAAAUGUGCUACGAAAGUAUUUGCGUGGUGCAAGUGGUAUCAUGUGUUAUAACAAUUUCGCUGAACCUUUUACUCGCAUUGAUGUCUGAUUGGUAUGCAACGUAUGGAUUCCUAAUUGCAUCAGUUUUUCAACUAUUCAUUUAUGCAGUUCUAGGAACGCUUAUUCAGCUCAUGAAUGAACGCAUUAUAAAGUUGGUGUAUGACGCUCCAUGGCACCUGCUUCCAAACUCGGAAAAACGGUCCUUUCAGUUUCUAAUGUUCAAAACACAACGACCGAUUGAGAUGUUUGUGAGGGGCUUGGGACCUUUAAAUGUUGAAACAUUUACCGAAAUUAUGCGAAUGAUUUAUUCAUCGUUCACUAUGCUGUACAGUUUUAUUGUUGAGUAA